AUGGAGGCUCUCAACCGACUGCGUACAAGAUUAGACAAAAACCGCACGCCGAUCACCCAUGGUGUUGUUGAGCCAAAACCCUUCAAUCCCACAGCUGCCCCUCAACCCAGCACCGAGCCAAAUACUUCAAGUAACCCCAAAAGUUCACCGUCAAAUCUUGUCUCGAGACGUUCACAAUCAUGGCCGGUGGAGUUAGAAACACCACGGUUCCAUCUCAAGGUACUCAUCUACUGCGUCAACUUGGGCCAGCUAAGAUCUAGAACUUCGGGGUUACCGCAGCGAGACCUGAGCUGCUGGACCUUCAUUUCAUAUGGUCUAGCCAAUGUUGCAGGAGGUGAACUUGUUAUGACCCUUCUAAGGCGAGAGUCUGAAGGCCCUACUGCAUAUCCUUUAGAUUUUUUGCGCAUCUGCGACCGAUUCUACGGAGAAGCUCAGCGACAUUGCAAACAGCUUCGUCGUUGGCAGGUAUUAGAACUUGAAGAACCCCUGUUUGAUCGCGAAGACUUUCACACAGUCAUUCUGGGCUUUCAAAAUACGGCACUUGUGGGAAUGGAGAUUCUGGAGGCCGAAAAGGUCACUAAACCAUAUUUUCAUGUCCUUCUUUUAACGGAUGAAGAGGCUGAUGUUGCCGAUAAACACGGCAUGAUGCGCGCAUUUAUCGUUCGCCUGGACUCACCCCCAUUCUUUCCCUGUCCAGAAUUCGUGGAUCGGGAUAGAAAGUCGGGCAGCAGCCUGUCCAAUAUGAAGGGAAGUUCGUCAUUACGCACAUCUUCAAAUCAGUUGGCAAUAAAAGGGCUCAAUGUGCUUCAGGAAGGGACGGACAUUUACCUGCUUGUGCCACCUGGUCAGGCCGAAGACUUCAAAGCCUCAAUCCCAUUUAGAAGCACUGUUGGUCAGAUUCCGCUGCGCAUUGAGUCUGAAAUGCAUGAGGCAUGUGACAGUGUCUACUAUUGGGAUAAGCCAAAUGAUUAUCCAACGCGGCGGCUAUGUGCCGGACCUCUGGCCAGCCAACUGACUGCAAUGAACUUUCUCAAUAUUUGUCCAAACCAGUCCACGCCUGCGAUUACGCCAGUGGAGGAUGGUUGUUUAGGUAAGUACUGGAUAACUACCUAA